CCAUUUCAUGAUGUUUCAAAUCAUUUUAGGGAUAUUUCGUUUUAGUUUUUAACUGGAAAACAAGAUGUUUAAUAAGAAUAUUAUUUUUUUUCCCGUUAAAUUUAUAUAUUUAAAAUCCAAAACAUUUAAUCAAUGCAGCUUAAAUCAGAUAAUAAACAGCAUAUAAAAUAUAUAGGAAAACUCUUUCCAAAUGAAUGUCAAACAGUUAUUACUCUGAGAGAAAAAAAUCGGGAUACAUGAAAGCAAUCAAAAUCGACGUUAAAUCAAAUCAAAAAGCUUGGGACAUUAGAUCUUAGACGGGUCUGAUCGCUGUGAGAACAUAUACAACAGAGACUUUCAUGCGCGCGAAGUUGAGAGAUCUGCGUGACGUAGACCAUCAUUCGUGCGGCUUUGAAAACAGCAUCGUCGCUUCAUCUCUGAUGUCCUCUAAUAUACCGCUGCUUCUGAAGACACGGAUAACAUGAACGGAUCCUUAACGUCACAACCACGGGCGUUUAUACUCUGUUUUUGUAUUUAGCAGCGUGUGUACGUUUGUAUAUGUGUGUGCUCGGAAACCUGACGCGUCUCUGCAGCAGCCGAGGCAGGCGGCGGUGCUGAGGAGUCUCUGCCGUCGCAGUUGCAGCCGAAGGAGAGGGGACUAGGCAAGCUCGUGUGAAUGUUGGGCGAGUUAAGGAACGUGGCAGGAUGGCGUCCACUGGCACGCAGAUCUUCGCCUUCGUGCUGGCAUUGCUAGGCAUCUUAGGUGCCACGGUGGCCACGUUAUUGCCUAACUGGAAGGUGAGCGCGGAUGUUGGCUCCAACAUCAUCACUGCCAUCUCGCAGAUGCAGGGGCUGUGGAUGGACUGCACCUGGUACAGCACAGGCAUGUUCAGCUGUACGCUAAAAUACUCUGUGCUGGCGCUGCCCGCAUACCUGCAGACGGCACGCACCACUAUGGUGCUUUCCUGCGUGCUGGCAGCGCUGGGAUUGUGUUUGGCCUCUUUGGGUUUAAAGUGCACUCGCUGGGGUGGGGGACGGCGUGCUAAACGUCACGCUGCCAUGGCUGCCGGCACCUGCUUUCUGGCCUCUGGCUUUCUCUGCCUUGUUCCUGCCUCCUGGUACACAAAUGAAGUUAUUGUCAGUUUCCUGGAUGCCAACGUGCCCGAAAGCAACAAGUUUGAGCCGGGUGGCGCCGUCUACGUAGCCUUCCUCUCGUCUGGUUUACUUUUCGUGGGUGGAUCCAUUUUCUGUCUGUCCUGCCCGGGGAAGCGAAACGGCAACCAGGAUUUAAUACUUCUCCCUCCAGACAAACUCCUCUUGCAGCAGCAGCAGCAACUGCUGCAACAACAGCAGCAACAGGACCAGCUCCAGCACCAGUACUGCUCUCUCUCCCCGCUGGAUAACAAGACUGGCUACAGCCUGCAGGACUAUGUAUAGGGGACGGGUAGUUCUGGAGCAAGACAAGUGCAAUGUACUGCCACUCGACCUCUUGGCUCUUGUGAUUACAACAUGAAAGGGCGAGAGGGACCGCAACUUUGAAGCAUUUCCCUUAUCGUUUCGUCUCUCUCCCCUUUUUAAGAUCAGCAAGCACAAAACAAUGGAAGUAUUCCCUCAAGCGACGUCUACGAACAGACGGAUCGUGAAUACUGAGGGGCGAGUGGCAGCAAUGCUGCAGCUAAAGCGGUGUGAAAGAGACGAUAAAUAAAUGCACAUAUCCAGCAUCCUAGUAAAUCGUAUUAAAGUGUUCCUCUGGGAACGGAUUAGCAACAACGGAAUGUUUCUGCUACUUCAAAUCCCACCCCCCUUCCCAAAGACCUGAACUCAGAAGCAAUCGUUUAGCUGCUAACAAUCGUUUGGUAACCUCUGUUUAAGUAAGAUGGCAAUAUGUCUCUUAGAGGCAACAGUAUGGGAGAGCCCUUGUUUGGGAGACCCUUUGUUUUUCUUUCUAUUUGAGUAAUGGUUGUGUUAAUAAAAUAUCUUGUCUUAUUUUGGUAGCUGAUAGGAUGAUUGAUAUUCUGCCUAAGCAUGCUUUCUGGAGCCUGUGCAUAAUGCAGUGGAAUGCCUGAUGUAGACUGAAUUGUAGCCAUAUAGCCUGUGCCUAAAAGAGCUGUAGUACAUAAACCGCUGAAACUGUUUGGAGAGAAGUAGGAGGAGAGAGUGAAUAGGGGUUGCUGGGUCAGGCAUGUAUGGGAAAUCCAUAUCGAGGCUGAGAGGAAACAGCCCCUUCUUACGUCAAAUGGAAGAUGUAAUGUUGUACUUUCACAUUUUGCCCCAGACAAAAGCAAGCUGCCUUGAGCUCAGGGCAUGCUGUUUGCCGCUCUAUCACGCACACACUCAUCAUGCUGCAUGUGUGCUUUUACUCUCACUGCCAUGGAAACGGGAUUCUACACCCAAAUACGUGUAUUGUCUAGGGUCGUGUCUCUCUGCACACUCAGAGGAUGGUGGUCCUGUCUGUGACAAGCUUGAGGCUGUAAUAAAUCACUCCAGCCAACAGCAGAGGAUCUGUGUCUAGAGACCAAGCCUCUGCAACACCCCUUCUCUCAGAUGGGAGGGUCUGUACCCUGCUGACCACCUCCGAGCUUGAGAAUAUGAUCAGUAGACAAUGUAUGUAUAGCUGAUUGUUUAACAGACAUAGCAUCAACAAAGACGAGAUUGAGUUUCAGUAACUGGCAGCACUUUUAUGGAAGCAUGUGGCACCUGAUAAGGCUGCAAUCUGCUUGGGUCCACUCUCACAGGAAGUACAUCAUUGCCAAAUGACUUUCCUUUUUUCAAAAUUUGAAUAAGCAGCCACAUUCAUCGAUAAAUGCAUCAGCAGUGCAUCUGCUGACAGACUGUCACCUACAAGGGGCUCUUUACGUCAUCUUAAAUGAAUAUUUCAUGGCAUGCUGUCGAUUACAAGAAAAAGGGAAACAGUUAAACAUUUAAAGUGUUCAUUUAUGGUGCUGCUCACACACCUUCACCCAUAGGAUAGUUCACCCCAAAAUUAACACUUUGUCAUCAUUUACUCACCCUCAGGUAGUUCCAAACCUGUACGAGUUUGAAUUCCUACAGAUUUGGAACCUGUAUGAAGUCAGGAACUGUUUGGUUACAAACAUUCUUCAAAAUAUCUUCUUUUGCUUUCAACAGAAGUUCACACAAGUUUGGAACCUUAAAUGAUGAAGAAAAAAAAAGUCAAUUUUUGGGUGAACAAUCCCUUUAACUGCAUUUCCAUUUUACUUGCUUGCCACUGAUGAAAUUUUAUAUGAACUUAAACUUAGUCAAUUUUCGUCUCUGUAAAAACAGACAACAUGUCACAGAUACUGGCCAUACAGAUUCUACUAUUCAUUUAAGUAUGGGAAAGUGUACUCUUCCUCCCUCAGUGCUCACCAUCCCGUUCUCCUUGAGCGCUUAUGGAUGUUGCCUCUGACAGCCAGAACAGUUGCAUGUCAUGUGCAAAUUUGCCAAUGCAUGUACACACAAACACCCCGUCAUAAGCAUGUCCCCUCCCCUGUAAAUAUUACUUGUGCCAAGAGUGGAGUAAGUGUGUGUUGUGCUUGAAUGCAGCCAUGCGUUUCUAUGCUGCUGAAGGGAGGGAUGCAAUUUCAGUGUUGUUCUGCUCUGGCAAAAAGCUUUGGCAGUGAUGGAUAGCACAGCGCAUUCUUCCUCUCAAGCAGAUUCCCAUAGGCGAGCAGAUGGCUGGGCCCAGUUCGCCCCCUGCAGGCGGCAGCGGGCUUGCUGUGUGAGCACAGCCAGGUUUUGUGCUGCCCCUCUAGGGCAGAUUAUGCCCUCCUCAGCAGACCAUGCUAGCCCCUGGACAAUAACAACUGCCCAUGCACCAUUACCGAAUGCAAUAAGCACUCCUCCUACCCUCCAAAAGUAACGUUGCACUGAAAUGUUACAAUUGUGAAUGUGCCAAACUCAUGACUACUUUGCAAAUGUAUAUACAGGUGUACUGUUCUGUUUGCCAAAAGCGAGAUGAUUUAAAGUUUUGAAAGACAUCUGUACUGGGAGAUAAUUUUAUAAAUAUCAACUAAUAUAAAAUUCCAAAGCACAGUAAUUCUAGGAUCAUACGCAGUUCAAGUUCACUAGGACAGGCUUGAAAGGACUGAGAUGAUUUUUAAAUUGUGCUUUGGGAUUUCAUAUUCAUCAAAGCUCUGCAAAGAUUGUGUUUAUCAUUAUUAGUUUACUGAGAGCACUGUUCAACACCCAAGCAUGUUCACAGCAAAUCUUCUUCAUAAGAAGACAAACAUUUACACCUUUAAUUGUGUAACCUCAUUUGAAAGCUAUUUAUUUUUUUGUUGGCUUAACAUGGUAAAAGAUACACUGAAAUGAAGAUGAUUAUCUGUAGAUAGUAUUACCAGAAGAGGUUUUAUAAUUAUAAAUACAAACUAUUCAUAUAUUGUUAUGGUGCAGCUUGUUUAUUAGCACGCUAUAGAAAAGAAAAGAAGUUUCAUAUGAUCCAGACGAAACAAACAGGCACCUCGUUUUUGUUCAGUGGCCAAUUGAAUUAUUUUUCAUUGGAUAAAUGCAGCUUAUAUCUUGGUGGAUGCUUCUGCACCUUCUUAAUUUUGCAGAGGAUACUGUUCAAAUAUUUCUGUACUGUUCUCUCAAUGUGCUUGUGCAAGUAGUUAUAUUUUUAUUAAUAAAAAUUGGUGUAAGCAGUA